AUGGCGCUCCGGACGGUCCUCCUCACGGUUGCGAACCUUCUCAUCCCCGUUGCGAUUUUGAUCUUCGCGACGGGCUUCUUCCCUUAUAAGCCAUUUAUGCCAGGACUCGCCGAGUACGAGAAGCUAGGCUGGGAACAAGCAAUGGGAUGGAAGGAGGAAAGUGUCCCUGAGGCGCCGUUCGAUAAGCUGGUGUUCAUGGUUGUGGACGCGCUGCGGAGUGAUUUCGUCUUCGGGGAGGACAGUGGAAUGAGUUUUGUGCAGAGUCUGAUCCGCGAAGGCACCGCCCUACCCUUCACAGCGCACGCCGCAUCCCCAACCAUCACUAUGCCCAAAGUAAAAGCCAUGACCACCGGCUCCAUACCCUCCUUCCUCGAUGUGAUCCUUAACUUCGCCGAGUCGGACACAACCUCCACGCUUUCCACACAAGAUACGUGGCUUGCGCAGCUCAGGGCAAAGCAGGGCGGAAAAUUGGUCAUGUACGGUGACGACACAUGGUUGAAGCUUUUCCCGGGCUUCUUUGAGCGCGCAGAUGGAACAAGCAGUUUCUUUGUUUCGGAUUUCACCGAGGUGGAUAACAACGUGACGAGACAUGUGCCUGAAGAAUUACUGAACAGUGAUUGGAAUGCGAUGAUUAUGCAUUAUUUGGGCCUGGACCACAUCGGGCAUAAGGCAGGUCCUAAGAGCCCUAACAUGCUCCCGAAGCAAAAAGAGAUGGACGGCAUCGUCAGGGAUAUUUACUCAGCCAUUGAGAACGAGGAUCACCUGUCGAAAACGCUAUUCGUCCUCUGCGGGGACCAUGGCAUGAACGAGGGCGGCAAUCACGGUGGCAGCGCAGCUGGAGAAACCUCUCCAGCUCUAGUCUUCAUGUCGCCUAAACUCAAAGACAUCAGUCAGCACAUGGAAAAAGUGAGCCCGACGAAGCCUAAGGACAAAGGCGGGGAAUUUGAGUACUAUCGGAUGGUAGAACAGAGCGAUAUCGCGCCGACCCUUGCUGGUCUAUUGGGCUUCCCGGUACCAAGGAACAACUUGGGUGUAUUUAUCAAAGAGUUCCUAAGUUUCUGGCCACAUGCGGCUGAUCGGAUACGUCUGCUGCUCAGGAAUGCGAGGCAGAUGAAGAUGAUUGUAGAAGCGACGUAUCCGAACCUGAGCUUUGAGGACGAGUCAAAGGCCGCCGGCAAUGAAUGCGAGCCACCACUAAGCGACGGACAAGAUUUAGCGUGCAAAUGGCAUGGUGUUGUGGACACUAUGUCAACAACCAGCAGACAUCUGACCGCAGAGCAUAGGAUAGAUCAGCUCUUUUGGUUCUUGACCGCAGCCCAAGAGAAGAUGUCCAGCACAGCUUCCAACUAUGACGUCCCGCGUCUGAUCAUAGGCACUGUUCUCACAUUCGUCUCAGUACUCGUGACCUUAUUCACCCUUCCAUCUCUCAGGCGCAUCACACCUCCUGGUGUAGCCUACACUCUCACAAUCAUUCUCUACAGCGUUCUCAUGUUCGCCUCCUCAUACGUUGAAGAGGAGCACAACUUCUGGUAUUGGGCUACCUCCGGCUGGUUCUUCUGCCUAUUCAUCUCAAAGUCGCGCAAGGAGUGGCAGUCCAAAUUUGUUUUCCAUCCCGCUAUUAUGCUUCUUGUAACUCACCGUAUCAUUCGGAGAUGGAACCAAACAGGGCAAAAGUAUGCAGGCGCGGAUGAUAUCGUGCACAGCGGCAUCUUCCACGGGAACACGUCGUUCAUACUAUGGGCGUUGGUAGGCGCCACGUAUAUGGACAUCACGAUACGGAUCUCCAGACAUGUUGCACGCUCGAUCUUGGUAUUCGAUAAAGGAAGUAGCAGCGAAGAUUCGCAAGCUGUGGAUGCGAACCGCUUCAUGGGGGUGAUUGCUGUGCUGCCGCUGGGCGCUACGGCCUUUGUGUUUAAGCUUGCAUUCACAGCGAGGGAUGCGCCUGAGCUAACGUAUGGUAUCAACCAGGGUCUCAUCCAGUGGGUUGAAGAUUUGAGCUUAGUGGAUGUGGCAAGGAUGGUGUUUGCGGGAACAGCAUUGAGCGCGGUAUGGAUCACAAUAUCCGAAUGGAAGAGGAACAGAGACAGACGAGGCGAAGGCAGUGGCGACCUCGCAAUAGCCCUCUUCGACCUACUCUCGCUCUUCCUCAUCACCCAAACCAAAGCCCAAAACAUCCCUCUCUACCUCCUCUUCCGCUUCCAAUUCUUCUUCUUAUCCCUCCUCGACCUCACCCCAGCAGCUAUAACAACAACUACCCUCCUCCUAAUCCAGACCUCCUUCUUCGCCCUUGGCAAUUCCAACGCAAUUUCAUCAAUCGACCUCUCAAACGCCUACAACGGUGUGUCAGGCUACAAUGUUAUUGCCGUCGGCCUCCUCCUCUUCCUCUCAAAUUGGGCUGGGCCAAUAUACUUCACCGCCGCUUCGUCCUUAUUGCUCUCCUCGCCGGGGCGCCCGCGGCGCAACAUCGCGAUGAACGAGGUUGAUAGCCGCGAUUGGGUGCAGAAGGAGAGGGAGCAUUUGGAGAGGAUGGCGAAGAGCGAGGAGGAAGGGAGAAAGAGGAGGGAAAGUAGUGAGGUGUGGGGAAGGCAUGUGGGCCUGAUGACAUUGUGGGUGGGUGUAGCGACGGGGAGUGUAAUGGUGGCUUGUACAGUGCUGAGGACGCAUCUUUUCAUCUGGACAGUUUUUAGUCCGAAGUAUCUCUAUGCGAUGGCGUGGGGAAUUGCGUUCCACUUUGGGGGUACGCUGGGGUUGGGAUCGCUGGUUUGGAGAGCGGGGAGGUGGUAG